AUGCACAGUGCAGAGCCGCCCGCCUUCGCGCCAGCAACCGAAAUGAGGUUUGUGCGUGGCGUCAUUGUUGGCUCCGGAUCGAGUGGCGCUACCCCCGCUUUGGGCUGCAUCGCCAGCCCCACACCCUGCAGCAACUGCGUGGAGGCACACCGCGACCCACGGCGGAGCAAAAAUCACCGGCUAAAUGUGUCGUUUCUCAUUCAGCUGCGACACCCAGUGGACGGCUCUCUGCACAACGUGCUCAUAGACUGUGGCAAAACAUUCCGCGAGGCGGCGCUGAAGGUGUUUCCCGCCGUCGGGGUGGCGGAGCUUAGCGCGGUCCUCCUCACACAUGAUCACGCGGACGCUUUGUUUGGCCUUGACGACAUGCGGGAGUUCAACCGACCCGACAGAGCGCUUGACGUCUUUGCUGACGAACGCACUGUGACUUCCAUGGUUCGUGUGUAUCCGUAUUUGUUCCCAAAGGAUGGUCCCUUGACGGUUGGGGAGCGACGACACGAGAAGACUGGCUUUGUCGCAUCCCUCGCCUGUCACGUAUUUCAACCGCUCAAGAAGGUUGUGCUGAACUUUCUUUGCAGCAGUACCCCACCUUCUGGCAGUGACGAUCGCGUAAUGAGUUCUUGGUCUGUCGUGCCCAUUGCUGUCCCACACGGCGGGAAUUACCUUGCGAAUGCCUUUCUAAUACCAAUGCACGUCUCUGGUGAGGGACCCCGUCUUUUGCUGUAUCUUUCUGACAUGAGUGCAUUGGAGGAGAAGUUUUUUACGGACUUGGCUCAGGCGAAGGAGUUGUUGGGUGUGCCGGAUUCGACGCCCAUAGAAGUUCUUCUGCUGGACAUGCUGUCGCGCAAAACUUACUUUUCUCACCUGAGCGUUGAUGCUUCCAUCGCAGCUGCACGCAGGAUUCAGGCCGGCAAAACAUACUUUGUGGGCAUGUCACACUCACUGAACCAUGACGACUUAACACGCGAGCUGCAGGGCCUGGGACUAAGCAAUCGGAUGGAAGUGGGCUUUGACGGGUGCGUUGUCUGCGUCGGCGAGGCCAAUGAUGCUCACCAUUCCGCUGGCUCUUGUCCCUGA